AUGCGCGUUGCAUCUUCCGCCCCCCUCGUUGCGGUCGCCGCUGCCAUUGCCAACCUCCAUGCUGCUUGCGCCAUCCCUCACCAGCAGAGUCUUUACAACGGCUACAAUGGUUUUGCUGGCCCAUCUCCCGAAUUCUACGAUGAUAGCAUCCCCGCUCGCGUUACUCACGGUGUCUGGUCCACCCUUACUUGGAUGUUUGGCCAAUCGCACAACCCGGUCCAAGUGAUCAAAUCCGCACCGGGUGUCAAGCUUCUCGACUCUGGUUUCCCCACGGCCGACAUUGAUAGUGUCGCCGCUCCUCGAUUCGUCCUCUACGGAGACGAAGACGUUGCAUCCCAGUCUUACGGCGCACCCCCUUAUUCGAACAUCACCGGAUUCAAUGUAUUCAACCUCGCCUUCUGGACGGUCAAGUUUGGUGUUGCAGACAACGCCGCUAAGUGGGCCGCCAAAAGCGAUAGUGAUAAGAAAUGGUUCAAAUCUCGCUACGCUGGUGCCGGCAUGAAACUCAUGGUCUCGGUCUUUGGCGCAACUGACACUCCCCAGUCGAUGGGCAAGAAUCCUGUUCAACUCGGUAAGACCAUCGCCGCUUUUGUCAAGAAGCACGGUCUCGACGGCGUCGAUGUUGACUACGAGGAGAUGGACCUCUUCGCUCAAGGCAAAUCUGCCGAUUGGCUCAUCAAGCUUACUCGAAGUCUUCGUCAAGAGCUUCCAAGCCCGGACUACAUCAUUACACACGCGCCUGUGAUGCCUUGGUGGUCUGUUGCUCAAUACCCUCAGGGAUACACUCGAAUCCAUCAAGAAGUGGGCGAUCUUAUCGAUUGGUACAAUCUACAGGCAUACAAUCAGGGAGACAAUUGCUACACCACCUGCGAUGGGCUCAUCUGGGAUUCUUGCGACUAUUUCCCACAAACCAGCCUUUUUGAGAUCCACAAGUCCUCUGGCGUACCACUUGAAAAACUUGUCAUUGGAAAGCCGGCCGUCGAGAGUGAUGCCGCCAAUGGUUUCAUGCGCCCUUCUGUGCUGGGUGGGUGCCUGAACAUUGGUGUUCAAAACGGCUGGAAUGCAGGCGCAAUGUUCUGGCAGUACCCGCACAUGACUCCGCACCGUCUCAGCGUGGUUACCGAUGCCGCUGGUCUCAGCUGA